CAAGGAAAUCUUUCUGCCGCUAGACUUUCCACGCGUGAAAAUGAUCCAAGAGGUGGAAUAAUCCAGCGAGAUACGAGGGCACGAGAGACAAACAAAGAGAGGAAGCGCGAGGGAGGGAGAUCACCGAUGAGGAUGAUGAUGGUGGCCUAGAAACAUCGGGAGUUAUUCCUCGUGCUGCUCGACGAUGGGGGAUUUUACGCAUUGCAAAGAAAAGGGGCUCGCUUUCCUCCUCCUCCUCCGCGCACCCCGACAUUACUUUUAACUUGUGCUUUCACGCGAGGAUGCGGUGAAUGCGAACUCGUGGCAGUCCGCCGCUGGAAAGUCGUUCACUCACUCACUCACUUACUGACUCUCUCACUAACAACUCACGUGAAAAGGAACAGCGGCUCUGCGCAUUAAUGCGUGUGUGCGCGAGCGCGUACGCGUGCUCUCCCGUGACCGAUGGCACUGGAAUCCGUGCGCAACGGCUAUGUGCGCACUUGUGUCACUCCCGUGGAGCAGGACUGCUGGCACUCGUGCUUGCGGAGCCGUAGGAGCCUCUCCUCGGCCGUGUGUGUCGCCUCGCUGUCCGUGCUCCUCGCGCUGCUCGCUCAUCAGUCCGCGGACUGGGACGCUGAGCGCGCACACGCGCACUCGGGAUCUCCGGCGCUGCACUUGGUGACGCUCGUGGAGCUCGUGUGGCAGUUGCUCUCGCCCGUCUUCACGCUCGUGUGUGCCUUCUUCUGGGUGGGUGUGUAUCUGCUCCGCUGCGGGGUGCUCAUCCGUACGGCCGUGUUCCUGCUCACCGUGUGCCAUCUGGGCGAAGCGGCGGCGCAGUCUCUGCUGGAUGCGCAUCAGCUCUACUCGUUCACGGCCACCGCGCUGGUGCUGCUCGCCUGCCUGGCCAGCGGGGCGCUCAUGGUGGUGCGGCUGGGUCAGGGCAUCUCCGUGCUCCUCUUCAUCAGCAUCAUCAGGACCGUGUCGCUGCUGUCGCUGCAGAAGGUGCGCGCCAGUUGGAGACCCUACCUGGCGUACCUGCUCGGGGUGCUGGGGGUCCUGCUGGCGAGGUAUGCGGACAGACUUCUGCCGGAGCAGGGCGCAUCACACCGGGAGGGAUCGAGGGGAGAUAUUCCGGUAUUUAAGAGGCGCAGGAGGUCCAGCUCCGUAGUUUCGUCAGACAUGGCACAUCACGGCCAGCCGAGGAGCAAAUCUCACAGGAGGACGUCUCUGCCCUGUCUGCAGAGAGACCAGAUGCUCCCACAGCAAGAAUGGGACCACAAAAGAGGUGCCCGAGGAUCUCAGUCUUCGGGCACCAGUGUGACGGUGGACAUCGCGGUGAUGGGUGAGGCCCACGGACUGAUCUCAGAUUUGCUGGCUGACCCGUCCCUCCCCCCCAACACCUGCAGCACCCUGCGGGCCGUCAGUAACCUGCUCAGCACCCAGCUCACCUUCCAGCCGCUGCACCACAGGCCGCGCCUGAGCCCCCUGCUGGCCUUCAGCGACGCACACACCUGCUCCGACUCCGAGGAGCUGCCCGAGAAGGGAGAGAAGCUGGCCAUCCCGAAGCGUUUGAGGCGAAGUUUGCAUCCGGGGCUUUUGAGACGGAUUUCUUCCACGUGGACCACCACGACCUCUGCCACGGGCCUGCCGACGCUCGAACCCGGGCCGGUCCGACGAGACCGCAGUGCCAGCAUCAAAACGCCUCACGAUGGCCCUUCCAGCAGUUUGGUGAACAGUGACUCAUGGAACAACUCCGUUAUGCUCACCAUUUCCAAGAGCAGAUCCAUGUCCGCUUCAUACGCUGCCUCCAACCACAUCUAUAGCAAGAGCCGAAGAGGUUACCUUUCUUCCAACAUCUCACCUUUGGCCUCACCCUGCCACUCUCCUCCAGUCCAGGGCACUCCGCUCAACAGUCCCACCAACAAAAGCCCUUCAGUGGAGCUGCCUGACCCCGAUCUUCCACAGGCCGACGGCCCACCGCCACACAGCCCUCACAAAGCCUUAACCCACAGUCAGAGCGCCCCGAGCCCCAGUACCACACACUGGGUGCCUCCUCCACUUUGCAGCAGCUGUGGAAGACCGUACAGUAAGAGGCACGGGGACGGAUCCACAGACGCAGGAGACCGAAGCCAGCAGUCAGACGAACCGGUGAUAAUGUCAUCCGACUAUGACAGCACCUAUGAGACCAACCACAGUGACAGCAGUGACUUUGCACACAAUGAGGAAGACGGAGAGGGUCACCGAAACCCCUGCGGGACGUUCCCGCCUCAGGCACUCGCUCUUAUACCGCCAGAGGAUAAGCCCAUCUUGGCCCCAGAGCCCCUGGUAAUGGAGGGACUGGAGCCUCUCAUGUGUCAGAUCAACAACUGGAACUUCCCCAUCUUCAGUCUGGUGGAGAAAACCCACGGCAGAUGUGGCUGCAUUCUCAGCCAGGUGUCCUACCGGUUGUUUGUCGAUACGGGACUCUUUGAGACAUUCAAGAUUCCGGUGCGGGAGUUCAUGAACUAUUUCCACGCUCUGGAGAACGGAUACAGGGACAUCCCAUAUCACAACCGGAUCCAUGCAACAGACGUCCUCCAUGCGGUGUGGUACCUCACUACUCAGCCUGUGCCUGGUUUACCUACACUGCGAUCACUUAGUGACUCGGACUCUGACAGUGGACUCGCUCUUGGCCGCUCAAAGCACCUGAUGUCCAGGACGUAUCCCGUAGAGGAGGAGGGUUACGGGUGUCUGUCCGGCCUCAUCCCCGCGCUCGAGCUGAUGGCGCUCUACGUCGCCGCUGCCAUGCAUGAUUACGACCAUCCUGGCAGGACCAAUGCGUUCCUGGUGGCCACCAGCGCUCCACAGGCCGUGCUUUACAACGACCGCUCUGUGCUGGAGAACCAUCACGCAGCUUCUGCCUGGAAUCUCUUCAUGUCGAGGCCCGAGUACAACUUUCUGGCCAGUCUGGACCACAUGGAUUUCAAACGCUUCCGCUUCCUCGUCAUCGAGGCCAUACUGGCCACGGACCUUAAGAAACACUUUGACUUUCUGGCUGAAUUCAACGCCAAGGUGGGGGAUGACGGUUGCUCUGGGAUUGAAUGGUCUAACGAGAAUGAUCGUCUGCUGGUGUGUCAAAUGUGUAUUAAGUUAGCGGAUAUAAACGGUCCGUUGAAAUGCAAGGAGCUUCAUUUGCAGUGGACGGAAGGCAUUGUCAACGAGUUCUACGAACAGGGUGAUGAAGAGUCCAGCUUGGGCCUUCCCAUUAGCCCCUUCAUGGACCGCUCAGCACCCCAGUUGGCCAAACUACAGGAGUCCUUCAUCACACACAUCGUCGGGCCUCUCUGCAACUCUUAUGACUCGGCUGCCCUCAUGCCUGGACACUGGGUCAACAAAGAGGGCGAGGAUCCUGAGGAAGAGACGGAGACAGAUGAGGAGGAUGAGGAAGACACACCGGAGGAAGACGCCUCCUCCAGCUCAGAAAUUUCCCAGAAAGACGCACCCAAGAAACGCCGGAAAGUGUUCUGCCCGAUCACCCAGCACCUGCUGGAGAACCAUGAGAUGUGGAAGAAGGUGAUUGCAGAAGAGUCCCAGAGCCAGACAGAAGAGGAGGAGUCCACAUGCCUCAGCAACACCCCUGAGUCAAUCCUAGCCAUUGAUGAAGAGGAGGAGGAGCCUGGCAGCAAGGAGGAGCCAACAGAUGACCAGGAGGAGGAGUCAGCAGAGGAGGAGGAGAGUCCUGUACCUGAAGAGACACAUGAAACAGAGGAAACAGAUGGUGCGACUGUAGCGGAAGCAGACGGGACUGCAAAGCGAGACACAACAACUGUAGAAGACGAGACUGAAGACGAGAAAGACAAGGAUCCAGAAUGAAUGACUUGCCUGUUUUAGAGGAGAACAUUGUCUGAAAGCUUUUAUAGGCAAGCGAGACUUCUAAGAAAUGGUUGCCAGCACAUCACUUAGACACAACACUGUAGAUGCUUGGGGAACAUGUGCCUAAAGGAAACAGGGUGGGAUGGGGUGGGAAGGGACAAAGGGUUUGAUUAACAAUGAGUGGGCGGUGAACACACUCCAGUGAGGUUUGAUGCUAAAAUUGACUGGGACAUUGGGGGGAGGGGGGUUUCCUAUGUUUUCUAGACAUCAUGUUGGUCAGUUUUGCAACCCCUCCAGCUGCACCUUAACCCCCCAAACUACGACAGUGACCUGGAGCGACACUUCGUCUCACGAGAAUUUCUGAGGACCUUAGUGUCAAAGUCGGGAAAGAACUCUCACCAUUGCGCCUCACUCACGAAUCCCAUCAUCCGCAGUGGACGACAGCAAACGUCCCAGAAACAGCGUUACAAGAGACUCCGCGUCGUUAACACCAAAUGUGUGCUCUUUCUUUUCCUCUCCAGAGGUCCUUGCACCAUUGUCCUUGUCCCAUUUCUGAAUGCCCGCCAUUCUCUUCCCUCACCUUUUUCCCUCGGCAUUUCAUUAGUCCAUGAACUGAGAUCUUGCAUUUCUCAGGAUCAGACUGUUUUUGGAUAACGGUACGAGGAGUCAUUGGUUUUUACGGACUUUCUUGCAACUUUUUAAUCUUUUGAAUCUUGAUUUGUGAGGACAAAGGGAAUCUUUAGUUGUUUUUUAAAGUGUAAUUUCUUCUAAACGUCAAUGGCCUUUUUAACAAUAGCCCAAUUGUUGUUUUACCAGGUGAUUUGAUAUAUAUAUAUAUAUAUACACACACACAUACAGUGCCCUCAUCCACACGGCAUGCACGUCAUUCCUCUCGUUUUGAUUUACCCCAACAAAUGUUUGUGCCGUCCCUACUUCUUUUUCUGCAUUUAAGCUUCUUAGUAAACUGCUCCAGCAAGGUUUGAGAGCAGACUAAACUGCUCUGGCAAGUUUCACUGAUCAAAGGCGCAUGGCCCGUCGAGAGAGCCCCGGGGUCCCGCAUUCCCCCGCAGUCGCAUGGUCUCCCUUCAAACAAGACCGUAGUUAUGCUUCGCAGUCGUGUCACGCAGCCGCCACGGAUGUGCAGGCAGGCAUGUGAGCGACAGUGAGCUCCUCGGCCCAAGGGACGAGACGCCGAGCGCCAUCCCUCUCACAUGAGCGGACCCAGAGACCAUGUGCGGCACAUGAGAUACGGGCACCGGUCGACACGGCUGUCCGCGCUCGCCUUUGAUGUGCCGGAAGAGGCAGAUUGCUUGUGACGGCGAGAUGAAACACUUCUGUGGGCCUAAUCACCUCGAGUCCGAUGUUUAAUCAGGCCGGGUCCGAUGCCUUCAGUCACUUUGAAGGAGAGCCAAUUAAAAACGCCUAGGUAGGAGGUGACGGUCAUGUGCUUUAGACCCAUCUUUGAAACGUCCCCUUUGAUCGAAAUGCAGAGUAAGCCUUAAUAUUAUCAGGCAACGUGGUGCAAUGUAGUUCAGCAACUUAUUUAAGCAAUACUAUGUGUACAGUAGAUUGGUAGCGUUUCCAAUUGCACUUUCUUUUUGUUGCUGUGUAACUAUCACACAGCUCAAGCGUGUGUGUGUGUGUGUGUGUGUGUGCCAAAUAUGACUUCAAAUGCAUUCUCCUCAAAGUAUGAAACACCAUUUUUUGUGUUCAAGCUGCUCUUUGGAGGGCCACUGUCCUGUAGAGUUUAGCUCACUAAUCUAAUAUUUCUAAUAAUAUGCCUAGUAAGACCUUAGCUGUGUAUGAAAUCGCCACUAUACCCUCAGUCACUAUUCACUAGUCCAUUUGAACGAGUGAAUGAAUGGUUGGGUCGGAAGCGCUGCUGCUUUUGCAUAGUUUGUGCUUGCUGUUUAAACUGGCGGCUCCA